AUGGUGAAGACGAAGAGGCAAAAGCAAAGGCAAAACCCUCCAUGGGAAGACUUAAACCCCUUUGUAUUGUCAAUGAUAUUCGGAUGUUUAAGUCCCCAGGACCUGUUGUUUUGCCCUACUUAUGUAUGCAAGGCAUGGCUCUCAGCAACAAUAUUUACUCUUUUCCGGAAUUCGAUACUGGACCUUCGUUUGAUCGAUGAUCUUGAGGAUGAAAAGCAACGGUCAAGAUUUACACAUCUGCUGAAACUGGCCAUUGAUCACUUCCAGCAGGAUUGGGUUACAAUCUACUUUCCAAGUAAAUACAUCUUUGGAUACUUUGCAACUGUUUACAUAGCUGAAAGAACUCCUAAUAUUUCUUGUGUCUUUUGGCCUUCUGAUGUCAGUUCCAGGGCCUUGCCUAUAUACAUAUCUUUGUUUUAUUGGAAGAAACUUAGUGUUUUUCAUGCGAGAUUGAACCCUGAAGAAGGGUUUGCCCUUUUAUUGCAGCUCGCCGAGUUCUGUAAGAGUCUUGUGGAGCUUGGUGUUCAUGGAGAAGUAACAGAAAGAGAAGCUUUAUGUAUUAUAGAAGGCUUUCCAAGACUUAAACUGUUAGAUUUAUCUGAGUCCACUCUGUCUAGCAAAGGUUUGGAGAGUCUUUUGGAUCAGAGAUUAAAGAACCUGAAAGAGCUUAAUAUAUUACACUGCUUGAUUCUGGAUGAUAAUGAUAAAGAUAUAAGUGAAACAGAUUAUUGUUUACUGAAAGCUUGGAGGAAACAAUUGCUUGAAAAAGCUUCCAAGCUUAAGCAUCUGAAAAAGUUUAUGCACUGUUUAGAAAGCUCUUGUCAGGAAUGUAAAGAUGUUAACAAUUAA